AUGCAGUUGGGAACAGAACACAAACGUAUUCAGUAUUAUUUAAAUUCCAAGUGUUAUGUUGAGCCUAUAAGUGAAGUUGUUGGUACGUAUAAAACAGAGAAAAAAGUCAACAAUAAAAAAAUUAUGAGCUUAACUGAAGCAAAAGCUUAUAUUGUCCCACUUAAACAUUCGUUAAAGUUAUUCUUGGAGCUUCCUGGAGUAUUCACAACUAUUUAUAAUUACCAAAAGCUAUUGAUAAAUGAAAACAAUAAUAAUACCCUUAAAAUUAUUCGAAAUAUUGUGCAAGGUUCGUUGUGGGACGACAGAAUAAAACGGAAAGGUAAUAAGGAUAUUGUACUUCCGUUAAUAGCAUUUUAUGACAAUCUAGAAACGGGUAAUCCUCUUAGAAGUCAUUCUAGAAUUAAUAAAUUAGGUGCUGUACACACGUCAAUUGCUACUGUGCCACCAAAUAUGUCUAGUAAAUUAGAAAAUAUUUGUUUAACUGAACUAUUUUAUUCUAACGAUAGAGUAACUUUUUGCAAUGCAUUGAUUUUUAAAAAAUUGAUUAUAGAUUUAAAAGAACUAGAAGAAGUUAGCAUUGAGAUUUGUCUAAAUAAUGAAAUACUCAGAGUAAAAUUUGUUUUAGUAACUUUGGCUAGAAAUAAUUUAGGUCUUAAUAGUAUUUUAGGUUUUCCGGAAAGCUUCAAUGCCACUUACUUUUGCCGAACUUGUUUAAUAACGAAAGCUAAUUCAGAAAAAGAUACUUGUGAACAUGAAAAUUUAAUAAGAAAAGUAGAAUAUUAUGAUAAGCAUAUUAAAGAUAAAAAUAUAGAAAAUAAAGUAAACUUAAAAAAAAUCUUAUGUAUGGAACGAUCUACCAAGCUUUCAUGUAUAUGA